CGAUUGCCGUGAUUAACUCAACAAACCCUAGCUUUCUGCUUCUUCUUCUUCCUCUUAAGUCUUUUUUUUUUUUUUUUAAAAUACAUUUCUCUUUGAUUUUCAUUAUCUUCUCUCAAUACACAUAAAACCCCCAUUUUGUCACAGAAAUUGAGUAACUUAAUCAUUCAUUCCUUUGAUUUUUUUUUUAAUUCAAAUUCUUGGCGGUGUUGAGAGAUUUUCCUGGAAAAUGAAGGACAACGCGCAAAAUCCUCUGCUUUUGAAAUCCUUGAACCACAUCUCUCUUGUGUGUAGAUCACUCGAGGAAUCCAUUGAUUUUUAUCAGAAUAUUCUUGGCUUUGUUCCUAUUAGGAGACCCGGUUCAUUUGAUUUUGAUGGAGCAUGGCUAUUUGGUCAUGGAAUUGGAAUACAUCUUUUGCAGUCUGAGAAUCCGGAGAGCAUGACGAAGAAGAGUGAAAUUAAUCCCAAGGAUAAUCAUAUUUCCUUCCAGUGCGAGAGCAUGGGAGCAGUGGAGAAAAAGCUCACAGAAAUGGGAAUAAAGUACGUGAGAGCGAAGGUAGAAGAAGGUGGAAUCCAUGUGUUCCAAUUAUUCUUUCACGACCCAGAUGGCUUCAUGAUCGAAAUAUGUGACUGUGACAACCUACCGGUCAUCCCAUUGGCAGGCGAGAUGGCUCGGUCGUGCUCCCGUAUCAACCUCCAGAUCUUGGGCCAGCAGACAUUGCAACCACAGCCAGUCGUACAGCUUUGCAGUGCUACCACAAACCACUGAUAUUUAAGACCGUACGUCAACGACUGGUGUUUUCCAUCUGUUAAAUCUGCUGUGCCACUCGUGUUCUGUCACGACUCUAAUUGGUUGAGUCGAGUGAAUAGUAGUAGUAGUACGUAGUGCGGUGUUCUCUGUGUAAUUUUGUUUUGUGUGUGUUUUAUAUGGACUGUAAACUUUUUGUGAUAAUAAGACAAUAAAUAUAGAGUGAUCAUUCCCUUCA